AUGCAGUGGUAUAACUUUGCUAAAUCUGUUAUAUUAAUUUUGUUUUUUCAUAUUACUGGUGUUAUUAGUCAAGAUGUUCAAUAUUAUCCAGGAGCUAGUGAAUUUAAAAGAAAUAAUGCAAUACAAAACAAAAAUGAAUAUGCUAUUCAUAAAAAUGCUAAAUCACUUCAAGAUACAUAUUCCUCGAGAAAAUUAAGUACCCAAAAUAAAGAAAGUACUGAAAUAAUAUCAAAGAGAUCUGCCGAUCCAAUAUUUCACGGACAUCCGAAAACUAGGGAGGAAAUAUGGCAUUCGAAUUUUCUGAAUCAAGAAAAGAAAAAAGAAACAGACUCUCUAAUAAAACUAAUAUACAACAUAACGUUAACUUACCUAGAUGAUUGUACUUCAGUUAUACUUUAUGACAAUCAGAUUAAAUCUGAACACAGCUUUUUGUUUAGAGACCUCUUACGAAAUUUCCCACUUACUUUCAUACACGGGUACAUAAACGAUGAUUACCAAUUAGCUGACCCCAAACUUUUAAACCCAGUAAAGAACUGCCUUAAUUUUAUUGUCUUUAUAACUGACGUGAAGAAGGUAGCGAAGGUUUUAGGUAAACAGUCUAAAAGUAAAAUUGUGGUGGUCGCGAGGUCCUCGCAGUGGGCCGUCCAGGAAUUCUUGUCUGAACCUUUGUCUCGCUAUUUUGUCAAUCUUCUAGUGAUCGGUCAAAGUUUUCAAGACGACGAUACGCCAUAUAUACUUUAUACUCAUACAUUGUAUGUCGAUGGAUUGGGCUCGAGUAGGCCAAAAGUAAUUUGUUCUUGGUCUCAUGGAAAAUUUUCAAGAAAUGUGAAUUUAUUUCCACCUAAAAUGACUCAUGGGUACGCUGGACAUAGAUUCUUAUUGGCGGCUGCCAAUCAACCUCCCUUUAUUUUUAAAAGAAUAAAAACUGACGCUGAUGGUGGAAAUCCUCGAGUACAAUGGGAUGGAAUCGAAGUAAGAAUAAUGAAUCUUCUCGCAGAAAAAAAUAACUUCAGCGUCGAAAUAUUUGAAACAAACUAUUUACAUCUUGGGUCGGGAGAUGCUGUCACAAGAGAUCUGAUCACGGGGAAGGCUGACAUGGGUAUGGCCGGAAUUUAUGUUACUGUUGAAAGGCUUAAUAAUACAGACAUGAGUGUUUCACAUUCCCACGAUUGUGCUGCAUUCGCUACGUUAAUGUCAACGGCAUUACCAAGAUAUCGAGCAAUCCUUGGCCCAUUUCACUGGCAAGUAUGGGUAGCGUUGACUUUCACGUACUUAAUUGGUAUAUUCCCUUUGGCCUUCUCUGACAAACAUACUCUAAGGCACCUGAUGAACAACAUGGGGGAGGUGGAAAAUAUGUUCUGGUAUGUCUUUGGGACCUUCACGAAUUGCUUUACGUUCGUUGGCAAACACUCUUGGAGCAAAACCACUAAAAUCACCACGAGGCUGUUGAUUGGCUGGUACUGGAUAUUUACCAUCAUCAUAACAAGUUGCUACACAGGAUCUAUUAUAGCGUUUGUUACUUUACCUAUAUACCCGGAGACGGUGGAUACUAUUACACAACUACUAUCGGGGUUCUAUAGAGUUGGGACUUUGGAUCAUGGUGGAUGGGAACGUUGGUUUCUUAACUCUUCUGAUCCGCUAACAAACAAGUUAUUGAAGAAUGUAGAGUUGGUUCCCGACGUGAGGUCUGGUAUUAUGAAUAUAACGAAGGCUUUCUUUUGGCCUUAUGCUUUUAUUGGAUCGCAAGCAGAGCUCGAAUACCUUGUUCAAUCUAACUUUUCUAAAUCUGAGUCUAAGCGUGAUCUUUUGCAUAUAUCAAAUGAGUGCUUUGCACCAUUCGGAGUCUCUAUAAGUUUUCCAAAAAACUCAAUAUACACUGCAAAAUUAAGUGAAGACAUAAGGAGGAUUAUUCAAAGCGGGCUGAUGGAUAAAAUUGUAGAUGAUGUCCGAUGGGAGCUACAAAGGAGCAGUUCAGGAAAACUACUAUCAGUUGGAUCAGAUUCACUAUCAUUCUCUUCAUUGGAAGAAAGAGGACUGACUUUAGAAGACACGCAAGGCAUGUUUCUCCUAUUGGGCGCUGGAUUUCUAUGUGCAGCUGUCGCUUUAAUGUCUGAAUGGACCGGAGGUUUUUAUAAAGGCUGUCGGAGAUUAAAGACAAGAAUGACUGCGAGCAGAACAAACUUACACGAAACAAAUGAGAGGUGUAUCUCUACGCCCAGUAUUGAAGUUGCAGAUUAUCCAGAAAUAGAUAUUUACACUGCGACAAAUAGUAUUGAUUCUGACGAGGGCAGUAGAAUCAUAAAUAUAACAAAAGACAACUUCGUUAUACAUUAUAAUAAGCAUGAACAAGAUUCUGACACUCUCACUACGAAUUCUCUCAAUUUAGACAAGGAAGUUGAAGAAAUAUUUAAAAUAGCCGAGAAGAAGGAUGCUCUCGAAAUUGAUAAUACAGUUCGUUUCGAAGAUGUAGAAGAUGAAAAGGGUGAUUCGAAGAAUCCGUUCAGUAAGACGUAUAGUCUGUCAAGAAAGUGA